AUGCCGUUGCCCAUUUUCGGCAAAUCCCACAAGUCGCCGGCUGAUGUGGUGAAAAAUCUGAAAGAAGCACUAGUUCAAAUCGAGAAAGGCGACAAGAAAAGUGACAAGGCGAUAGAAGAGGUAAACAAAUGGCUACAGACAGUAAAGGGGAUCAUUUAUGGACAAGAAGGACAAGAACCGAACUCGGAACAAGUGGCUCAACUCGCCCAAGAAACUUACAACGCAAAUGUGCUCCCGAUGCUCAUCAAAAAUCUCGCAAAAUUGGAGUUCGAGAGCAAAAAAGAUGUGGCCCAAAUCUUCAACAACUUGUUACGUCGACAAAUCGGUACACGAUCGCCCACCGUUGAAUAUUUGUGUGCAAGACCCGAGAUUCUGAUCACACUAGUCAAGGGAUACGAAAUGCCGGAAAUCGCAGUGACAUGUGGCUCAAUGUUACGGGAAUGCAUACGACACGAUCAUCUAGCCAAAGUUUUGUUACAUCACGAAUCUUUCUACCAUUUCUUCACAUAUGUCGAAGUGUCGUCAUUUGAUAUAGCGUCGGAUGCGUUUUCCACUUUCAAAGAUUUGAUAACAAAACACAAGACGAUAUGCGCCGAGUUCUUGGACACGAAUUACGACAAAUUCUUCGGCGAGUACCAGAAAUUGCUCAACUCAGAAAAUUAUGUAACAAGGAGACAAUCGUUAAAGUUACUUGGUGAACUGUUGUUGGAUCGGCACAAUUUCAACGUGAUGACUCGAUAUAUUUCAAACCCGGACAAUCUGAAGCUGAUGAUGAACCUCUUAAGGGAAAAGUCAAAAAGCAUCCAAUUCGAGGCCUUCCAUGUGUUCAAGGUUUUUGUCGCCAAUCCGAACAAGCCUCGCCCAAUUGCCGACAUUUUGCUUCGAAAUCGAGAACGACUGGUGGACUUCCUCUCAAAUUUCCACAACGAUCGCACCGAGGACGAGCAGUUCAACGAUGAGAAAGCCUAUCUGAUCAAACAGAUUCAGGAAAUGAGGGCU